UUUUCCAACUUAUGUUUAUGGCCAAUGUAGACGCUUUUAUGAACAAAAUACAAACCAAGCAAAUCACUGUAUCAUAACACAAUACAUUUGUUCAUCUCAUAGCACGCUGUCAUGAGAUAAAUCGGAUAAAUAAGUGAUCUAUUAUAUGGUCACGUGAUAUCAAGACAAAAGUAAAUAUGGCGGCUCGCCCGAUGGGAUUUUCGCAAAACAUGCAACAACAACCCCGAUAUCCUCCACAAGCAGCACAAAUAAGGCCUUAUGGACAACCUGGUUACUCGGGUGCCAGGCCAGCCUAUGGACCAAUGGGAGGCCAGAUGGCCAAUCAGAUGGGAGCACCAAUGGGAAGUCAGAUGAGUUCUCAGAUGGCCAAUCAGAUGGGAGGACCACCAAGAAUGGGAAUGCCUGCCCAGAAUAUGAUGCCACAAGGAGGAAUGAACUAUGGACAAGUGUCAUCAAGUAUUCCAAGCACUAGUAAAUCUGGAAGCCAGAGUAUGCGAGGUCCAGGGGUUCAGGGCUUACAGGCUGCCUUAGAACAACGUAAACGUGCAACCACACAGAGCACCAUGGUAGCAGCCCAAACACAAAUUGCAAAGAACAAAAAGAAGAAAAAGAUGGCUGAUAAAGUGUUGCCUCAAAAGGUGCGAGAUCUUGUCCCAGAGUCCCAGGCCUAUAUGGAUCUGUUAGCUUUUGAACGAAAACUUGACCAAACCAUUAUGCGGAAGCGUUUAGACAUUCAGGAGGCCCUGAAAAGACCCAUGAAGCAAAAGAGAAAGCUGAGAAUUUUCAUCUCAAAUACAUUCUUUCCGGGAAAACCUGAAGCAGAGGAGGGUGAUGAGACUGCUGUUGCAUCCUGGGAACUUCGAGUCGAAGGCCGUUUACUGGAAGAUCCAAGUGGCAAGAUGACGACACCAGCUCCUCAACAAAAGCGUAAAUUUUCAUCCUUCUUUAAAAGUCUUGUGAUUGAGUUGGACAAAGAUCUAUAUGGGCCUGAUAACCACUUAGUAGAGUGGCACAGGACUGCAACUACACAGGAAACUGAUGGGUUUCAGGUCAAAAGACCAGGAGACCAAAAUGUUAAAUGUACAGUCCUCCUUAUGCUGGAUUACCAGCCUCUGCAGUUCAAACUGGACCCACGUCUAGCCAGGCUGCUGGGAGUUCAUACACAGACUAGGCCAGUCAUCAUUAAUGCUCUCUGGCAAUACAUUAAGACACAUAAACUCCAGGACGAACAUGAAAGAGAAUUCAUCAACUGUGACCGUUACUUAGAGCAGAUAUUUGAUACAUCCAGACUGAAGUUUGCAGAGAUUCCACAGAGACUGCACCCAUUAUUAAUGCCCCCUGACCCCAUAGUUAUAAACCAUGUCAUCACUGUUGAUGGCCCAGAUGCUAAGAAGACAGCCUGCUAUGACAUUGAUGUAGAAAUAGACGACACAUUGAAGCAACAGAUGAACUCAUUCCUCCUAUCAACACAGAGUCAAAAUGAAAUAGCAACACUUGAUAAUAAGAUUCAUGACACAGUGGAGACCAUCAAUCAGCUGAAGAUCAACAGAGAAUUCCUCCUAAGCUUUGCUAAAGACCCACAGGAGUUCAUCAACAACUGGCUCUGUUCUCAGAGUAAAGAUCUCAAGACUAUGACAGAUGUGGUCGGCAACCCAGAGGAAGAGAGAAGAUCAGAUUUCUACUUUGAACCUUGGGCCCAGGAAGCUGUUUGUAGAUACUUUUAUGGCAAGGUGAACCAACGUAGAGCAGAACUUGAACAGAUGUUAGGGAUCAAAUAAUAGAUGGCGCUUUCAAAUUUCCGCAAACAGAAAUACUGACAUUGUAUAUACAAUAUGAUACUGCAAUACAACUAGCCUCAAAAGGCACCGUGGAGGAUAAGGGACUCAUGUAUACAAGGAUAAAACACCUCAUCAUUGAAAUGCCUGUCUUUCCAAGUCUGUCAGCCUGAUAUUAAUAUUUUCCUUACAUUUCAAAAAUUGGAUAUUUUAUUUUUGGAAUUUGAAUUUUAUAAUGUCAUACUUUUUUUUACAUUGAAAAAAGCUCAGCCAAGAGCUCUGAGAGUGUAAUAAUUAUUAUUAUUAGAUAUUGUAAUCAAUAUUGUAAAAUCAUAUUAUUAGGUGAAUAAACAUGUGAAGAAAACAUAUUCAAGUAUUUGAUGUCAGUUCAAAGUUGGCUGUGUCUGAUGUUAACCAAAACUUUAUAUCGUUAAAAUGACCUGACAUCAAUUUGAAUUCCCUGCGAUGUCACAUGGUUCUUUUACUUGUAUAACACUCUUUGAACAUCUGCUGAAACGUGAAGUACAUUAUAUUGCUGAACCAAUUACCAGGUUAGGUCUCGAUUUUAAAGGCUAAUGCAUUAUGGGUAUAGGACCUCUACUUUAAAAGAUAUUUUUUAUAAUGUUGCCUUGUCAUGAGUGUAGAUUUUGCCACUUGCCUGGUUGUUUCUUUUAUGAAAUGUUCAAAAUUAUGAAUGAUAUGAUAAAAUAUUUUGUUCGGCGAUAUAUAUGAUAUGGAGACUGUAUAUAAUUAGGUAAAAAUAGAAGCCUUAACAACCGACAUUGUACAUUGCCCUUUUCUGUUACUCAUCGGUUCUUGACCGACAUUCUAAAUUUAGUGCACUGUCAAUGUGAUUCAUAUUGCAGAGGAGCAUACAGCCUCAAGAAAUGCCAGAUUUUGUGGAGACCUUCAAUUCAUAUAAAUGGUCCAAACACCUAUUUGAUCUUAUUUUCUUGCAGAAACACACUAGACUGUAAAUGUCAAGAACUGGGGCUGUCGAGAAUUGAGACUGUUACCAGAUUAAUGACCUAUUUGAUAUGAUAAGAACAUUUCCUCUUCACAUUAAUGUAGAAUGAAAGUUAAUCAUUAGUAAAUCUACAAGUAUUAAUGAAUGGUACUUGUAGUGUUUGUCAAGGUCUCCCAAUGAGGGUUUGAAAAUAAGGUUGCAAACUUGUGUCAUAUCCUAGGGUUGCUUGCAUAAAUACAUGUCAAAGUUUCAAAACUUUAUGUUAUUCUACAUUUGAUAACAUUAGUGGUUUACAUACAAAAUUGAUUUAUUAUUUCUUGUGUAACAUCAUUUCCCA